ACCUUUUAGGGCUUUUUCUUCUUUUUAUUCUUCUUCGUUAAUUUUGCUCUUCAUUUCCUCUUUUCCUUUGAAAAUCCUUGCUGGGUUUUCAUUUUAUUGCAAUAAAACCCUUAAAUUUCUCUUUAUUUCCUCAAAAUCCCUUCUGGGUCUUCAACAAUUCUUCAUAUAAACUUCAAAACUCCCUUAAAUCAUAGAAAAAUCGAUAUAUGAUGGCUGUUCUAUGAGUUUCUCUGAUGUUUCCUUGCCAAACCCUUCUCUCCAGCUGAUUUGAAUCACCAACAACACAGUUUGAAGGCUAAUUCCUAAGACAACGAAAUGGUUCGAGGAAAAGUUGAAAUGAAACGGAUUGAGAAUUCGACAAGCCGUCAAGUAACAUUCUCAAAGAGACGAAAUGGGAUAUUGAAAAAGGCUUAUGAGCUUUCUGUUCUUUGUGAUGCUGAAGUUUCUGUCAUCAUUUUCUCUCAGAAAGGAAGGCUCUAUGAGUUCUCCAGCUCCAUUAUGCAAAAGACAAUCGAACGCUACCGCAAGUAUGGGAAAGGUGGAGAAACCAACACUUUUCAAUCCGAAGGAUAUAUGCAGCAAAUGAAGCAAGAAGUUGAAAUGACGGCAAAGAAAAUUGAGGAACUUGAAAAGUCACAAAAGAAGCUUAUGGGACGAGGCUUGGAUUCUUGUUCCUUUGAGGAAGUUCGUGAGAUCGAAAAACAGUUGAUACUAAGCUUAACCCGCAUUAGAGAAAGAAAGGCUUUGCUGUUCAAGGAGCAGAAAGACAAGCUGAUUGAAAAGGGGAAACUCCUUAUAGAAGAAAACAAAAAGUUAUCUGCUAAGUGUGGUACUAAGCCAUGGGAACAAGAAGGUAUUGAAGCAGAGGGAGGCAUAAUGAGUUUAUGCAGCCAAAGUAGACAGGGUUCUGAUAUACAGACUGAAUUGUUCAUUGGAUUGUCUUGCUCAUAAUGGAGGAUGGGUAUAGCUAUGUUCAAAUUUGCAAACAUUGUAAGCCUCUUGCUUUUAACUCUUUAAGUUCUAUGUAAAUCUUUUAUCCAACCCAAUGAAAUUAGAUAUAGAAAUAUGAUCUAGAAUGUGUUAUAAUAUCUUAUGUAUACUUGUUUAGAUUUUGGAAAUAAGAUUAAGCGAUGAAAUGGGUUAUUAGUU